CUAUCAAAAUAUUCCUUUUUAGGGAUACUGUCGUUGGACUGCUCGGAUUAUUUUUCUAAAUACGGAAAGUCCUAUAUAGCAGCAUCCUAUGUCAAGUUUAUCGAAAGUGCUGGCGCCCGUGUUGUGCCAAUACGGUAUCCUUUUUAACACUCACACUACAUAAUAGGCGCGGCGGGCUGGAACUGUCAAAUUAAAUACCAGUUAUUAACCGCCAAAAGUGAGGCCAUUACAGGGAAAUCUCAGACCUAGCCCUUGAUGUUUUGACGAGCGAUAGCUCCUGUAAUAACCUCACUCUCAGCUAUACAAGUGGUAUGUGUAAUGCGACGCGAAAAGACAAACGACGGCAGCGCACACUGUAAAAGACUUAUUAUAAGAGGAUUACGCAAUCUUAUCCGAAAACUACCGAACAUAAACGGGGGUGACCCACAGGUCAGCAAAUAUUUCCGAGGUUGAUUAUUGAUUGUAGCAAAACGUUUAUCAUACGGAAAGGAAAAUGAUGCGUACUUUUGACUACCAACUCACGAAUACACCACUUUUUAUCAAUAAGCUAUUCUCAGAUAAGCUAAAAGAACAUUUAUGAGCUGAAAACCUUCCUACUUUAACUGUAUAAGUUAUCAACGUAUCAGAAACAUAGCAAUUUCCUUAACAAGCCUAUGAAGUAUUGAUUCUUCUAAAGAGGAGCUGGAAGAGUUGUUCAACUCUGUAAAUGGGUACGUAAAAAUGAAAAAGCAAUAAAAUUGAUUUCAUCAUAUACUUAAAUUUUAAGUAAUAACAUGAUUAUAGUCUAAAUUUUCAACUAUAUAAAUCAAUUAUCCUCGGAUACGAGUCUUUAAAGCCAAGUGGAGAAAACAAUAGAGCGUUUUCACGUGACGUCACGGCGGCCAUAUUGGUGUUUCAAAACAAUGAAACGGCGGCCAUAUUGGUGUCCCAAACCAGUCCUGUGGGAGUUGUAAACGUUUUCUUUUUUUCCAAUAAAUUUAAGUAAAUUCAUAGAUGCAGGCCACGUGAGUGAAAAAGCUCUAUAGCAAAUGGGCGGAACAAAAAUUGGCAGAAUCUUUUGAGUUUGUUAGGCUCUGCUUUAAUUUAUUUAUGAUAGUGUUCAGGUAAUAGUGUCUGUAUGUACUAAACUUUUUUUCUGUUUUAGGCGGACAUUGUAAAGGUAUCAUGGCAUUUUGUAAAAUUAGUAGCUGUAAAUUUAGAAGUGUGCAAUGCAAUCUGCUGGAUGUUCAGUGUUUUUAGUUUUGUAGUGGGUUUACCUUAUUCAUAUUUAGUUGUAUUAAUUUUUUAAGUGUGAGAAACUAAUAAAAGUUUUAACAUUACAUGGUUGGAUAUUUUCUCUCACAGAGUUUUGUUUCCCGGAGGAGGUGCAAGCCUGGCUGACUCUGGUUAUCUUACGACAGGAAAAAUUCUUUACGAUCUGGCAGUAAAGGUACGGUUAAUCUGGCAAUCCCCCACGGAGUGUAUUUCCCCUCCGCGAUCCUGGAGAGGGAAACGGGAUGGCUUAAUCUGAUAAUCGCACUAUUUCUAAAAUUCGUUAUGUUCUGGCAAUAAAAGUAGGAUAUAGUAAAUUAUCUACUUAUCCGUAAAGAUGUUGCUCCCAGGGAGUAUAUUUCCCGGUUGGGGUGCAAGUAUGACUGACUGUAGUUAUGAUCAGUUAUCUCAGUAGAGGACAAUUCUAAAUGAUUUUGCAGAAAAGGUAGGGUUCGGUCACUUCUCUUUCUUUGUGUCAUGAAGAGGUGUUCCACGAAAUUUACUCCUCCUCUGGGGGUGAAACGAUAACCGAUCCUGGUGACCUGAGAAGGAUAGGAUAAGUAAGAAAACCCUGAUGCCGGAAAAGUCUGAAGUCUGUCGCCGCCUUUUUUUUAUCCGAGGGUCGGGGGUUAUUGACUUAGACGAUCAUCCCACUCAAAUUGGGUGCAUUGGACGACGUUCUAAAUCUGUCCAUGCCCUGGUUUGGUAUCAACCGGUCGAAGAGCUCUUCCACUUACAAAGUCGUUUACAUCUGGAAUUCACUUCCACCCGAGCAAAAGCUUUCCAAGUUUACACCUACGAUUAGGAAUAUAGCAUUAAUAUUAUUAACUAUGUUAGAUAUCUUUAGUUCUUAUAAUGAUCAUUAUCUGCAGCUGUUUUAAGGAUGUACUAAGUUUCGUAAUAAUUUACAGAUAAUUAAUAUACUUCACGUACGUAUUUUGAACAAGCUUUUAGCUCAUUAGACGGUCGCGUUAAGUGGAUAAGUAAACGAUUGAUUGAUUAAAUGAUAAAAUGAGUGAUUGAUUGAAUGAUUGAUUAAUUAAUUGGCCGAUUGAAUGAAUGAUUGACUGAAUCAAUCAUUGAUUAAUUGAUCGAAUGAAUAAAGGAUUAAUUGAUUGAUUGAAUGCAUGAUUGAAAGAUUAAUUGAUUGAUGGUAGGAUUGAUCGAUUGAUUGAUGCUUCGACACUAGGCCUGUGACUCUGGAGACAGAUUUCCGCUGUGGGGAGCUUGUCUUGGGUUUGAAAUGUUAAACGUUUUAACAAGCGACAAAGACCAGGACGAAAUACUAACAUCGUGUGACGCCGAGAACUAUUCCAUACCGCUGGAUUUUACAUCAGGUAACAUAGGUAGCAAGGCUAAGGAACGGUUUUAAGUAUGUCAGGUUUGUACUUCUCUUACAGUCGAACCUCCACGUACGACCACCUCCCAUAAACAACCACCAAUCCAAAACACCAAAAUUUUCACAGUCAAAGCCUUACAGUUGGAACCUCUAGUGAAUGACCACCUCCUGUCAGCAACCGCGACCCCUUUUUACGGGAGGUGGUCAUUUACAAGAAUCCAACAGGGUUAGAUUCUUGUAAACGACCACCUCCCGUAAGCGACUAUUCAGUCUUUACAUUUUGGGUGGUCGCUUACGGGAGGUUCCUUUGGUCAUGAUCAUUUAUUAAGGUGACUGAAGUGGAGACGCCAUACUUAUUUUCGACACCUCGUGAUUAUUACACAACCCUUCACUCCUGGAAGGUCAAAAGGAUAAAAGUUUGUUACAAGUGGAAAGUGCUUCUCGUUUACAGGCACUUUACUCAAAUAAUUAAGAACAAAUAAUCCAAACAGUACAUAACAGGAUUAACAACCCAACCUGCAAGAGGCAACCAGUUGGCUGUUUACAUGACUAAGCUAGGAUUUAAACUCUGGGCGAAACAGAGAAAAUACAGCAACUGGGCGGAAGGACUCGAACCCGGAGCCGCCAGAUGGUGAGUCCAACGCGCUGACCACUGAGCGACGCGACCUUCUCACUUCUCUGCUGGAAGCGCACAUUAUUAAAAUGCGAAACAUCAGAGAGAGAGAGAGAGAGAGAGAGAGAAAGAGAGAGCCAGUUGGUCAAGGGGUAUAGAGUUUAGCAGCUUAGCACAGUGACAAGGGUUACGCUACGUUUUCAUAUAAUUUUUUAACUAUUAGUCACUUACAGGUUGGUUGACAAAAAAGUGAAGGCUGAGAACUCGAUCAGCGAUUGGAAAAUGGGACAUAUUGCUUUUGUUUCAUUAUAGAUGCUUGCCACAGCAAAAUGUUUCGUUCAGCACCUGCAGAUAUCAUGAAAACCCUCAAAGAACAAAAUGUUACUUUGAACAACCACAUAAAAUGUAUUCCUGUAGAGGUAGGUACCAGACAAAAAUGUUUUUGUGAUAAUCCUGUACAGCCAAACAACACAAGUAGAUUAAUCAUGAAUUAACAAUAAUAAUAAUAAUAAUUCUUUAUAUGUAGAAGACGAAGAAUUUCAGUGAUUGCUAAUUAUCCAUGCCAGAGGCUCUCGUUAAAAAUACUCGACAAAUUUAUAAAUCAUUAAUAUUUAAAAAAAUAGAAAACUAAUAAUACAAAAUAAAAACCAGUUCACAUAAGAAUCUAGCAUAACCCAAUAUUUUAAAAAACUGAGUUACGCUAGAUAGCAUAAAUGAGGAAAGUGUUCAUACCGUAUUUAUUCGAACAAACGCCCAAACUCGAAUUAGCGCCCACCUCGAAUAAGCGCCCAUCCUAAAGGUAGAAAAAGUUAAUAAGCGCCCAACCUCGAAUAAGCACCCACCCCUCCUCCUCCCAAUCAAACUCAAAUAAGCGCUCACCCCCACCCCACCCACUUGAGUGAAUAAAUUCUAAUAAGAGACUUCCCCGAGGACGGAGCUUUCUUCAGAGUAUUUUACAGAAACCUUGCUUUGCUACCUCUUCGCGUUUUGGUAUUAGCAUUUAUUGUUUUGUUGCAAAAUAAACACACUUCACUUGCUAAAAAUGGUGAAAAUUUAAUAAGCGCCCAGCCUCGAAUAAGCGCCCACUCUCAAGGUCCAAAAAUUUAAUAAGCGCCCAGGGCGGUUAAUCGAAUAAAUACGGUAAUCCGUCUCUAGCGGGAAAACGACCAUUAAAAUUUGACGGGUUGAGUCACGCCACUGCCCCGCAUAAAUUAGGAAUUACUUGUUUUCCAAACUUCAGAACUCGAAUGAGAUCAGCGAUGUUUAGUCACGAAAAAUGGAGGCAUUUUGGGGUAGUAUAAAGUGGUAAACUUGUCGAAGCGAUAUACGGUUGAGCUGUCUGCAGAGCAGCUAGCCAAGCUUGAGUGUUGAAAAGUUGCUAACCGAAGAGUACGAACAGAAAUUGACGGUGUACCUGUUGUUUACUUCAGUUCAAGUCUUGUAUUUCCUCCUGAACGCCAUUCAGCUUUAUGAACUACGUCAAGAGCCAUAAUAGGACAGCUGUAGAAAUUGUAGAGCGUAAUAGGACAGCUGUCCUAUUAUGCUCUACAAUUUCUAGCAAGUUGUCUCCGGCUUCAGAAGUCAAGUACUUUUGUUCAGUUUCCUCUGCUUGAGCUUUUUAAUCUAGACAGGAUGCAAGUCUUGCAUCAGCACUCUGGCGAUUUUUCUUACUAGACAGAAAGUGAAUCUUUUGCGAAACUAAACUAAAGAAAACCAUCAGAAUUCGCUCGGCAAAUGAGCGUGUCUUGCAUAAGUUAAAAUUUUAUGUGUCUGUUCUCCUAUUGCUCAUAAAAAUCAGCCAAUUAGCGCGCGAGAAAUAAUUUAGUUAUUGUGAAAUAGUAUAUCACUCCCUCAUUUUGGAAAAAUUGAGGUGGCAAAACAACAACCUCGUCCCCAGGACUUUUAGGUUUGCGAAACACAGAUUAAACAUGUUCAAUACCGAAAAUUCCGAAAGUAAGCCCCUCCAAAUAUAGGCCCCCCAAACUCGUAACGCAAAAAACUCUCCGUUAAGUCGCCCCUCCAAAUAUAAGCCCCCUGGGGAGCUUGUACUUGGAAAUUGCCCUCAAAUACAGAGUGAAUCGAUUUUGAAACGCAAAUUUCUCUCCGUACUUUUGAGCCCCUCCGAAUAUAAGCCCCUCCAAAAAUAAGCCCCUCAAAAAGGGCCUUUGAAAAAUAUAAAGUCGUUUUUUUGCAGAAAUUCUGGGCAGACAAGAAAAUUUCUGAAUUCUUUUAUGUUCUUUCAACUAACAAAGACAGAAAAGGCUUGGAAUUUAUCUCCACCAUUGAAGGUACAGUAACAAAAUAACGACUCCUACAGUCACUACUGGAUUUGAGAUUCCAAUUGAAUCCGUGCGAGGUUGGUCUUCUAUCGAGAAGACGUUUUAGUGGGAGAAUAUAGAGAGGGUGGAUGUACAGGCGGGGUUUUAGCAAGUGCUUUAAACAGAUAAGUGGGGGGGGGGGGGGGGGGGGAGGGAAUAAUGAAACAUCACAAAGUUUUGAUUCUGAUUGUUGAUGCACAGUGUUGCUGGAUGUCUGGGAUAGGUUUUUUUUGAAAGAAGGUUUUUUUGGGGGGGAGUGGUGUGGGAUGGUGGUUUUUCAUGGGGGGGGUUGGGGAGUUGUUGUAGGAAGGGGGGGGGGGGGGGGGGGUUGGGGAGAAGGAAAAUACACCAUUCCACGAUUUUUUUCAACUUUUAACUAUGACCAGGGCCCAGUUGUUCGAAGGCCGAUUAGCGCUUCAAAAGUAGUUUCUCGGAUAAUCAGUUUUCUCUGUUAUUUUCAGAGCAUCCAAUCAUCAACUUAUAGACAAAAAGAAUUAAAACUGAAAUGCUUUUUAAGCUUUCAAAUCUGAAUUCAAAUCUCGCACUAACAAUAGGUUAUUUUAACCCAGCUUUGAACAAUUCGGUCCAGAUGGUUAAAUCAGUCAAGUUACCAAGUUCAAGAGUGAGUUAUUGCAAACUAACAAAGAUAUAGCUUCGCAAAGUCGAGUCUUCACAGACGUUUGAAUGGUAGGGCGCAGAUACGAGUAGUGACGCCCACUCAGACAUUUUAGGCGGGAAGCACUUUCUUGCUAGAUGUCAUGUGACCUUGAAGUAACCAAUCGGGGAAUGGGCGCUCUUGUUCAUUACAUUGCGCGUUCUUUUUCAUUACAAAACCACAGGUAAGAAGUAUCCGUUUUUUGGGACCCAGUGGCAUCCGGAAAAAAGUCAGUUCGAAUGGGAGCCUAAAGAAGCCAUUGAUCAUUCUCCAGAUGCCAUUCGCAUAGGGCAGUACAUGGCCAACUUCUUCGUCAAUCAAGGUAUAAAUAGUAACACACCUAGCAUAUUCUUCUAACUUAAGUUUCACGCAAAAUCAUUUUCCCGCCCGCGACAUCGAAACCCGCACCCGCGACUUUCGACUCGCAUCCGCGACAUCCAACUCGCACCCGCGACUUCCAACCCGCAACCGCGACCCGCGAACAUUAGUAAAACUCCAUUCUUACAGUCUGUUUUCGUAAGAUCCACUCUCACGAAGGACUUUGCGCGACUUUGUCUCUCAAAGUGGUAAAGUCGUGAGCAAUUAUAACCAGGAACGAACUUGUCUCUCACCGAAACAUCCCGCUUAUGCGUCUUCUAGCUCGAAAAGCAAUGAUGAUGAUGUGAGCGUUUUUAUCAGUUAAGAUACACUCGCAUGCUUUAGGCUAUAGUUUUAGAUUGAGUUGGGAAAAUGAUUGGGGUUGACUCAACUUGAUUCGCAAAGGAAUGUGUCUGCAUAUUAAAGUUAUAGCGCGAGGUGAUAGCUAUCUUUGGGGACGGGAGAGUGAGUAUAACUUUGGAAUUACAGUGCAGUUGUAUUCUGUAUUCUCUUCUCAGCUCGAGGUAACACGCACAAGUUUUCCACUGAAGAGGAGGAAGAGAAGGCGCUUAUUUACAAGUACAAUCCCACCAAUACUUCAGAGUAUUCCACAUUUGAUCAGUGUUACUUUUUUCAAUAG